UAAACACAAUUGUCGUAGCACCACAAGUUUUUACCAAAAACAACUUGAGCCAAUUUGCAAAUAACCCUUUUUUUAAACUUCACAACUCUUCCCUCUUUCCCUUAUAUUUCUCUUUUGACAUUUCUCAUAUCCUUAGCCCCUCACGUUUCACAAAAAUUCUCUUGCAGAACAAAAAGGUUGGAUGAUUAUUAUAUAACAACACAAGAGAAAGAAAAAUAAAAUAAAGGCAAAAUCUGUGUCUGGUCUCCCUCCCUCCAUUGUUAUCUUGAGUGGUGGCGAACAAUUUUCGCCUUCCAAAAUGUGUCGCUAACGUCAACCCAGAGGUUAGUGGCAACACAAGAAACAUUAUUGAUCUGGGUGCUGAAAUCGAGAAAUGGAGGUGCAGAGGUUAAGGCAGUUAAUGUUACUUUGGUCUAGAAUCAAAAGUACUCGCGUUGUCCUUGUGGGUGGGAAUCACACUGCCGCCAGAUUUUGCACUCGUUAAUUUACUCUUUCUCCUCUCCACCCUCCCUCCUCCCCCUUUUUGUUUUAAUCUCCUUUUUUCCUUUUCUCUCGUCAUUAUUUUGCUGUCGCUUUAGCAAUUGUAUUUUCUCUUUAGGACAUAGAUUACUCACUUAGCCAAGAAGAAGAACAUUGUUUCAUUAGCAUGGCUGUCCAUCUUAUACAGGGUUUGCAAUCGAAAUUCCCCAAGAAAUACAAAGCCUUGCCUUUGCAUUAUUCUAAUGGCUUUGCUUUUCAUGGAGAAACUUACUUGGUCAUUAAGCUGCCUCAUUCUAGGCUUUUGAGGCUUGUUGCCCGAUCAAUUGUUUUGUCAUUGAUCUUUUUUACUUGCACCAUGUUUAGUCCAUUUUCUCCAGGAACAUCACUUGCUGUUUCUGAGCCUGAAUCUUUAGGCCCCCGUUCGAAUAUCAAUCUUGACGUCUUGCCUUUGCUUUUUCGUGACCUGAUCACGAAUGAAGGCCUUAUUAAGACAGGCGAUAAAGCUGUUUUUGUAACUAAUGGUAAUGGCAAUGACGAUCGUGCCAUUUAUAGUUCUGAACGGAUUCUAAAUGAAGAUUAUGACAUGGAAUUUAUCUCUGUCUCUGAUUUGGAUCAACAACAAAAAGUUAAUGAUGCAUCUUUCGACUUUGCUCUCACUUAUAGCUUCCAUGCUGCACAAGAGUUCAUCGACAGGACACUCAAAGUUGGCGGGAUUGCUAUUGUUCAAUUAGGUGAUAACCCUUCUUUUCUGUUCAACAAGCCAAUGAAUUACAAAAUAGUCUAUCUAAGGAGAUUUCAAUCGACAUUCAUGGCCAUGAAGAAAACAGGAUAUGGUAAUACUAAUCUAAGCACACAAAGAAAGCUACUCAGUUAUAGAACUGAGGCAAGGAAGGCAGUUUUAAAUAAUCUUGAAGACGUACUCCUGGAACCGCCACGAGCAGCUUCUGGUAAAUCCAGAACAUACUUAAAAAGAACAAAAUAUCUACCAGACUUGAUGGGUGAUUCAUUGGAAAGCUAUCCGCGACGCGUGUUUAUUGAUGUUGGAUUGCCAGAAAGAGAAGGAGGAAGUGGCAUUGGAUGGUUUGCAAAGCAUUAUCCGACAAGAAAUCUUGAUUUUGAGAUGUACAAGAUUGAGACAGUAACAGAAGUUUCGUCAGGGAAGGAGGUGCCACAAGUAGAAGAGAUUGGGAUGUCUGGUUGGUUGAGCAAGAAUGUGAAGGAAGAAGAGUAUGUAGUGAUGAAGGCAGAAGCAGAAGUGGUUGAGGAGAUGAUAGAAAGUAGGUCAAUAAGAUUGGUUGAUGAGCUCUUCAUGGACUGCAAGCCAAGAGGACAUGGAGGAAAAGGGAAUGGAAGCAGAAGAGCUUAUUGGGAAUGCUUAGCUUUGUAUGGAAGGUUAAGAGAUGAAGGAAUUGCAGUGCAUCAAUGGUGGGGUUGAAAGAGGAGAUUUUAAAGAAAAGGGUUGAGGGCGAAAGAGAGGUGACCAAGAAAUUAAAAAAAAAGUCUCAUCCUGCAUUUCUUUGUUUUUCUUUUUUAUAUGCAUGCAUUGUUUCAACUUAUUUCAUUUCCAUGUUUUUGCUUUUCUUGUAUGAUUGUGUGUUUUAUUCUAUUUAAAUGAAGCGUCAUUAAGUAGCUAAUAAUUAAUUAAUUCAUUUUCUUUUUGAAGAGAUGAUGGGACCUUAGAGAGAAGUGUUCCACGUCAACUCUAGUUAGGAAGAACUUUGGUUGCUUUUCUUGUAUUAUUUGAAAGAGAAAGGGAAAAUGAAAAUAUGGGUUGUUUCUUGCUUAUAAA